AACUAGAAAGAAGAAUGUUAAUAAACCGCGAAGUCGAUCCGCAAGGAAUUGAUUUUUAUCCCAAAAGAGGAAUUAUCGAAACUGGUGGAAGAAUGAAUGAAGAAGGCAAAAGUCCCAAGGAUUUACUUUAUGAUAAAGAAAAAGAUAGCGGAUAUAUUUGCUCUAUCUGUGCUUAUAAGGCAUUUGGAGAUCCAAGAUUUAUCGAUUGUCCCAUUUAUGGUAUUUAUGCCAAAGAAAAGUCAGAACAUGACAAGAUAGAUGAUGAUAAAGUUGCUGGAGCGGUUGAAGCGAUUUUUGGAAAAGAAUAA